UAGAACAUGUAUGUAUUGGCGGAUGAUAAAUUAAUAAUUAAAGGAAAGUAUUAUGCUGAGAGAAACGACUGUCGAUUUAAGUUACACUUUAUUAUUGUGAACAUUUUGCGAAUGAUGUGCUCAUCUGGGGCGGCACGGUGGUGCAGUGGGUAGCACUGUCGCCUCACAGCAAGAAGGUCAUCAGUUUGAAUCUCGGCUUGGGGCCUUUCUGUACGGAGUUUGCAUGUUCUCCCCGUGUCUGUGUGGGUUUCCUCCAGGUACUCCGGUUUCCUCCCACAGUCCAAAGACGUGCAGGUAGGCUCAUUGGAGACUCUAAAUUGCCCAUAGGUAUGAGUGUGUGAGUGAAUGGUGUGUGUGUGCCCUGUGAUAGAUUGGCGGCCUGUCCAGGGUGUAUUCCUGCCUCUCGCCCAAUGCAUGCUGGGAUAAGCGCCCCCCGCGACCUGACCAGGAUAAGCGGGUAUAGAUAAUGGAUGGAUGUGCUUAUCUGGAAAAGUAAUCUAAAAAUGUCAUAGAAACAUGUUCAACUUCUUAUUUUGAGCCAAUGUUGAGGAAAGAGAAUGCUGAAGAAAACUUUAUAUCAACAACUGCUUUUCCUCCACAGGUUUUAUUCACCAUAUGGACAACAUAUCUCUCAAUAUGGUGUUCACCCUUUCUGGCUUUAAAGAAUUAAAAGCAAACAAAUAUACAUACUUUGUUUUAAUUUUAAUUGCUUAUUUGUCAAUUAUUUUAUUUAAUUUGAUUGUGAUUGUGACAAUUAUUCUAGAGAGAGCACUGCAUGAGCCCAUGUACAUCUUCCUGUGUAACCUGUGCUUUAAUGGACUGUAUGGGUCAGCUGGUUUCUACCCUAAAUUCCUGUCAGAUUUAAUUAAUGACGUUAAUUUCAUCUCAUACAAUGGCUGUCUGCUACAAAUAUUUAUAAUCUACAGUUAUGGAAUGUGUGAGUAUUCAACAUUAAUGAUGAUGGCCUAUGACAGGUUUGUAGCAAUAUGCAAACCGUUGGAGUACCACAUGAAAAUGACGUCUCAGACUGUUGGGAGAUUGAUCUUGUUUUCAUGGUCGUUUCCUUUUCUAACUGUAUUUGGUGGGAUUAUGUUAACAAGCAGAAUGCAAUUAUGUGGAUCCCACAUUGAUAAACUCUACUGUGACAACUGGUCAAUUGUGAAGUUGACUUGUGCACCAACAACAAUAAUUAAUAAUGUUUAUGGGUUUUUUGUGAUCCUUUCAGCAAUAGCACAGGGACUAUUUGUUGUGUAUUCUUACAUAAGGUUGAUCAAUGCAUGCAGAAAAUCAAAAGAGAAUAAGAACAAAUUUAUGCAGACAUGUGUGCCACAUUUGCUUUCGUUAAUCAACUUUACAAUAGCUAUUCUUUUUGACGUAAUGUUCAGUCGAUAUGAGUCUAGGAAUUUCCCAAAAGGUUUACGUGACUUCCUGCAGCUGGAAUUUGUAAUAAUUACUCCUCUUUCAAAUCCCAUUAUAUAUGGGCUGAAACUGACCGAGAUACGUAAAAGAGUUUUUAGACAAUAUAAGGAACCUAAAAUUAAAGAUUCUCUGCAUACCAAAAAAAGAUAAUGUGAGGUACACAGUACAAUCUCACAAUCCCCAGCCACUGCCUGUCAAAGCUAACCAGGUGUCUUGGCCCUCCCAACACAAUAGCUAACAAUUAAGCAGCUUGCUGUCAAAACUUAGAUAACCAUGCUUUCUUUUUAUGAAUUAUCUCAACAUGCUCCUACAAGUUAGAUGGAUAAUCCCUGGUAUUACAGACCCAUCCAAACAUUUAUUUUAAAUCAGGCCAAUGGGCAAUUACAGUAAUCAUGGUGUUGAGCUAUCUUUGAGUACACUUACUUGGCAGUCGAUUGUGCUCUUAUUUGGAAGGAUUGCACAGAUUUCCCAAUGUAUGGAAUAUAUGAUGAUUCUCAGGGAAACUAUCAUGGUGAAAAUUAUGCUACGUAUUUUCUUUAAAGUUUCAGUGAAGUAAAAGUAGAGUAAAGUAGCCAAAAAUAAAAAUAUUCAAGUAAAGCACUCGUAUGCACAAAAUGCUAAAGCACACUGCCGGUAGAUUCCCCCUAAUUUAUUAUUCACUUGAAAUAAAACUCACUAAUUGGUGCCCCUGUGAUUCAAGAAAACCCUUUAUGUAAAUAAAGAUAUUUAA